AUGGCCUCCGAGGACGGUCCCCGGAAGCGCAGACGCCCAGCCCAAUCCUGCGAGCAAUGCCGACAGCGAAAGGUGCGCUGCGACCGCAACAUUCCGUGUGGCCCUUGUACACGCGCACGAUCUGUUCUACACUGCUCGUACCGUGACAAGAGUCCAUCGCCAAGUUCAGCUGGUGUAGAAAGCAUCAUCACCCCGCGCUCUGCUCAGCGCCCAGUCACGGAGGCCUUCAAUCAGAGAACAUCGGAUCGUCCGACCCCGAUAGACCUCGGGGAUACGAAUCUUCAAUCCCAAGUAGACUUGCCUCUUAUUCGGCAUCGGCUGCAAUCACUUGGAGAUCGAUUGACAGCUUUAGAGAAGGGCUCUCACUUGCCCAGAGAUGAUAGGCGGCUGGAACAGGCAUUGCAUGACCUCACCGAGAGAACACGCAACAUUGAACAACAGCUCAGUGCAACGCCACGGCAGACACGGAGAACAAAUGAUAAUGGUGAUAUAACCGUCAACGAUAUUCCGCGGCGUCUUAAUGUGACGGCUGCUUCUUUCAGAGAGCUGAAAGCGGAUCUGACAAAUAUGGUCAAGGAAUGCAGAGCCCUUCGAAAGUCCAUCAAAUCUCACAGAGCCGUGGCACUCGAUGACCCUGUUCCUGAUCUCCACAAUACUAUUCCGUCACAGCCUGUGUGCGACGAGCUAGUUCAAUGCUAUUUGCGCACAUUCGAGCCGAUAUACCGUGUGCUGCAUGUUCCGUCUUUCUGGGAAAGUUACAGAGCCUUUUGGACGGAGCCCCAAAGCUCCCCCAUGUCAUUCCUAAUGAAGCUAGUAUUAAUCCUUGCAAUCGGUACUGUUUUCUAUCCAGACAGUACUAGUGGAAUUGAUAAUCGGUUCACGCACUUAAAGGCGAAAUGGGUGUAUUCAGCUCAGUGGUGGCUUACAGGGCCGUCGGAAGAGACAACAGCUAGUCUAGAUGGAUUACAAGUAUAUUGCCUGUUACUGACAGCACACAAAGUCUGCCGCAUGGGAAAGUCAAGUGUGCUUUCUACGAACUCACUAAUCGAUAUGGCCAUGCGAUUGGGACUUCACAUUGAUCCUGCUAAAUUCCCUAAUUUAUCUGUUUUCGAGUGUGAGAUGCGUGUCCGCCUUUGGGCCACUAUUCGUGAAAUGGCCUUACAAUCAGCAUUGGAAUCGGGUCUGCCUUGCCUCUUUGCCGCAGGAUUCGAUCCGAGACCACCCCUCAACCUGGAUGAUCGGGACAUCGGUCCUAACAUAGACCAAGUCCCUCCAACAAAGCCGCAUACGCAGUGGACAGAUAUGUCCUUUCUGUCGUUGCUUCAAGACUCGGUCAAGCUUCGUAUGGAAGUUGUCCAUUUCAUAGCCAGUCCUGGCGAAAAGUCCUAUCAACAAGCCUUGCGGCUCACCACGGAUAUGAGACAAGCUUGUCGCAAACUGGCUGAUUUUACACAGUCUUGUAAGAAAUCACCGUCAGGUCUUGGAUUGCGGCCCACUGAAUUCCACAAACGAUUCCUUGAUAUGGAUUUUCGCAGAUACAUCCUGGCACUCCAUGUGCCAUUUAUUGUGCAAGCUCGAAAGGACCCGCGAUUCUUCUACUCACGCAAGGCCUCUCUCGAGUCUGCAAUGGUCAUUGCAUCGUACGCUGAUAGCUUGAAUUUACCAGCAAUUCCAGCAGACGAUUUUUCCAAAAUGAUCCUCGCUGGUACCGGCAGCUUCAAGGGACCCUUAGGGCUGGACAUUAUCUCGGUUCUUGGCCUUGAGAUUGUGACUCAACUGGAAGACGAAUCUUCCGAGCAGUCUUUGUUAGGCCCUGGAGAAGAAAUUGCCAAGGCUACUCGUGCUCCUAUUGUUCGGAUACUUGAGCACAUUCUCACCCAGCUUCUUCAGAUCAUCUCACUUGGGAGUCCCAACAUGAAAAGCUAUAAUUUUCUCGCAGCGAUACUGGCUCAGAUCCGUGCUAUGGAGUCGAACCAAUGCAUAAAGCGAGUUGUCUAUGAGACUGUAAAGCAGGGUCUACAUGAGUGCUAUGCGCUGCUGCGGUCAACUAUGGCUAGCAUACCUGGCAAUGCAAUGGCAGGAGAGCCUGCUAGCACAGCUGUUGAAGCUACCCUUGGUUUGCCUGAUCCGAAUCUUACUCAAUUUGCCCUACAGCCAGUGGAUCCUGCAUUUGAUCUCGAUCUCGCUAGUCUUUUAUGUUUCGAUAGUAUCGGUGUCCCCAGCAAUCCUUAUUUGUGA